CUGCUCGCUAGUGUACAUUGCAGUGCCUCUGUGUGUGUCUGUGUGUGUGUGCGCGCGCGUGAGAGAGAGAGAGAGAGAGAGAGAAGGAGAGAGAGAGCGCGCUAUGCACUGACUGCCCGCAGAAUUGUUUUCAGGUGCUUUUUCUGUUAGACCCUCCCAAAUCUGUCCUGCCUCCACCAGCAGGAAAAACGCAAGAAAUACUUCAGUCAUGAUUUAUGAAUGAACGAGACUCCCUCUGCCGAGGGAUAUUGUCUCUGGUUUCGGAGAGGGUGAGGCAGGAGACCGACAAAGGGUCGUGGGGACCAGGCUGGAGUCGACUCCUAUGUCUGAAAUCAGGACUGACUGAAGAGAGCGCGGACCCCGGCUUCCACCCAGUGCCCUGUACCUGGAGUCGUUCUGUAUGGUCAUCCCAAAGAUGUCAUGGCACCCUCAGUAUCGAAGUUCAAAGUUCCGCCAUGUCUAUGGCAAAGCCGCCAGCAAAGAGAAUUGCUAUGACUGUGUACCCAUCACCAGGAGCGUCCAUGACAAUCAUUUCUGUGCUGUUAACCCCCACUUCAUUGCUGUUGUGACAGAAUGUGCUGGAGGGGGUGCCUUCCUCGUCAUCCCAAUACAUCAGACAGGAAAGCUCGAUCCACAUUACCCAAAGGUCUGUGGCCACAAAGGCAACGUUUUGGACAUCAAGUGGAACCCUUUUGAUGAUUUUGUAAUAGCCUCCUGUUCUGAAGAUGCCACGAUUAAGAUAUGGGAUAUUCCAAAGCAAUUCCUGUCAAGAAACAUCACAAUCUCAAAGAAGGAGCUACUUGGUCACUCAAGAAGGGUUGGACUCCUGGAAUGGCACCCAACUGCUGCUAAUAUUCUCUUUAGCACUGGUUAUGAUUAUAAGUUAAUGAUAUGGAACCUCGACACAAAAGAGUCUGUAAUUUCGAACCCAGUGAAGACAAUUGACUUUCACCAAGAUGUGAUCCUCUCCAUGUCAUUCAACACAGAUGGCAGCCUGCUCGCAACCACCUGUAAGGACAGAAAGAUAAGGGUUUUUGACCCCCGCGCAGGAAAAGUCUUACAGGAAGCAAACUACAAAUCUCACAGAGCCAACAAAGUGCUGUUUCUUGGAAACAUGAAAAAGCUGCUGUCCACUGGAACGUCCAGAUGGAACAACAGGCAAAUUGCAGUAUGGAAUGAGGAUGACCUUUCUGUGCCUUUAGUUGAAGAGGACCUAGAUGGCUCUUCUGGUGUAUUGUUCCCUUUCUAUGAUUCAGACACCAAUAUGCUCUAUGUGGUGGGCAAGGGUGAUGGGAACAUUCGAUACUAUGAAAUUAGUGCAGACAAACCACAUUUGAACUAUCUUACAGAAUAUCGUUCCUAUUACCCUCAAAAGGGAAUUGGAAUCAUGCCAAAGAGGGGUCUGGAUGUAUCUUCCUGUGAGAUAUUCAGAUUCUACAAACUGAUAACAACCAAAAGCCUCAUCGAGCCUGUAUCAAUGAUUGUCCCUCGACGGUCGGAAUCCUACCAAGAAGACAUCUAUCCCUUGACAGCUGGAGUCCAGCCGGCUCUGACAGCACAGGAAUGGCUGAAUGGAAUGAAUAAAGGGCCAUUGCUGGUAUCUCUGAGACCAGGGUCUGAACUCAUAAACUCUCAACAACAGUUUCCUGAAAGGACACUAUCCAAUUCUAUGCCUCUGCAAUCAAACAGGUAUAUCGACAGGAUUGAAAGGAAAACGGCAGUUGAGGAUUUCAAGAAGUCAAACAGGUUCUUGGAUGAAAAAGGACCAAGAAAAGGAAUAGAUCAAAUACAAGAAGAAAGGAAAUCUUGGCUUUCAAAUGGCUAUGAUCCAUUUGAGUGUCCUCCACCAAAAACAGAAAAUGAGUUGCUGCAGAUGUUCUAUAGACAACAAGAAGAAAUCCGGAGACUUCGAGAGCUGGUAAACCAGAGAGAAGUCCAAGUCAAACAGCUGGAACUGGAAAUCAAAAACAUACACAUGAAUUCAGGCACUUAUUGAGAAGGAGAAAAAGAAACUAUUUUCCUGAUCCUCAAAACCCAGAGAAACUCCCAAAUAUCAAAACCACACUCCAAAUCUCACAAGAAUAACUAUUGUUUUCAUAUUUUUGUGGAAAAUUUAAUUCAUUGAAAAAUGCCAGUGGUCAAUAGUGCCCAGUUUUCUACUUAUCUUCUUUUCGUAGAGAUUUUUGAAUCAAAUAAUUUUAAAUAAUACUUUGGCCUUCAAUUCAUUAUCUCUCUCAUUUAAAAAAAUACUUUAUCAAAGCAAAAACAAAAAGUGCUAUAGAAUCUCAAAAAAAAAUGUGUAGUAGUUGUUAAAAUUAGAGAAACAGAGAGAGACAACUAAGAGAGAGAGAGCGAGAGAGAGAGAGAGAGA